AUGAGCGCUGACCCAGGAUUUCACCUUCCUACUCUCGCCCAAUCCCCCUCCUCGCCCCUCACCCUCCGCACACCUCGUCCACCAGUCACCAUGGGCAUGGCACUGUAUGACCCCAGCACGCCCGAGUGGCCCAUCUUCAUGCCCAUGGCCAAGUCCAUAGUCCGCGCCAUGGAUGCCGUGCAGCUUGCUGCAAGACAGAUGCUUCCACAUGUGCCCGUGGAGGCCUUCGUGAGUGUCGGACGAGUGGUGGCCUUCAUAGCGUACGGCUAUGAUCUCAUCAACCUCCAGCCCAACCUGCAGCAUCUGCUCGACUCGGUGGGCGCCGUGCCCAUCCUGGGGCGCUUCUAUGUGGACUACAACCUCACGCACUUCCUGCACUCGCCCCUGCUGCCCCCCCUUCUGGUACGCCUGAGACUGAGUGAUGUCAUGACUGUGUGCGAUGCAUAG